CCCUCGGAGGAGAGCACGGGGACACUUUUCCCGCGGGAGGCAAAAAGACGGUUGCGCCUGCCGGGAUCCUGGAGCCCCGCGCCCUCUCUUGCGCUUCUGGCCACUUUUCCCGCAUUCCUCAGCAGGACCCUGCGCUCCGGCGCCGGGCUUUCUAGAUCGCAGGUCCGCCCCCCUCCGCCCCAAACACAGUCACCGCCACGGCCAGCGCCGCCGCCUCCUCCUCCUCCUCCUCCAGCCUGAAGUCCCGGGCGCUGGCGAGCGCGUUGGGGAUUUUCAGGGACCGCAGCAGGCGCUCCGAGAUCCCGGGCGACUUCUGGGGGCUCCGGCACCGACUCUCCAGGGACGCCUUUCUUCCUCCAUGAGUGGCUGCUCCCUCGUGCUCUUUCAUGCCAGCCAAGGCCUUCGCGCCGCCUCGGUUCCUCGGGCUCCCGCCGGCUCACCAACGUGCCGCCGAGGUGGACAUGCAUUUCUCCUUCAGCGAGGAAGACAUUAAGCGGCACCGGCUGUUGGCGAAGUCGGUGAGCUUUGAAGUGGAAAAUGGCCCAUCUCCAGGUCGCAGCCCCCUGGAUUCCCAGGCCAGUCCUGGAUUGGUGCUUCACCCCAGCUUUCCGCAGAGCCAAAGGCGUGAGUCCUUCCUAUAUCGUUCGGACAGUGACUAUGACAUGUCACCAAAGACCAUGUCACGCAACUCCUCCAUUGCCAGUGAAGCGCAUGCUGAAGACUUAAUAGUGACACCAUUUGCCCAGGUCUUGGCAAGCUUGAGGAGCGUACGUAAUAAUUUCUCCAUCCUGGCAAAUGUUCCUACGCCAACAUCCAAUAAGAGAUCUCCCUUGGGCAGUCAGCCAGCUGUUUGCAAAGCCACCCUCUCAGAAGAGACAUACCAACAACUAGCCAGAGAGACCUUAGAGGAGCUAGACUGGUGUCUUGACCAAUUAGAGACCAUUCAGACCUAUCGCUCUGUCAGCGAGAUGGCAUCUAACAAGUUCAAAAGAAUGCUGAACCGUGAAUUAUCCCACCUCUCUGAAAUGAGCCGUUCUGGAAACCAGGUGUCUGAGUACAUUUCCAACACCUUUUUAGACAAGCAGAACGAUGUGGAGAUCCCAUCCCCAACACAGAAAGACCGGGAGAAGAAGAAGCGGCAGCAACCCAUGUGCCAGAUCAGUGGGGUCAAGAAACUCAUGCACAGUUCCAGCCUGACCAAUUCCAGCAUUCCCCGCUUUGGGGUGAAAACAGACCAAGAAGAGCUGCUCAGUAAGGAACUGGAAUAUCUAAACAAGUGGGGCCUUAACAUUUUCCGGGUUGCUGACUAUUCCAACAAUCGGUCGCUCAGCUGCAUCAUGUAUACAAUAUUCCAGGAGAGAGACUUGGUGAAAACUUUUAAGAUCCCUGUGGACACAUUAGUCACUUAUAUCAUGACACUAGAAGACCACUACCAUGCUGAUGUGGCCUACCACAACAGUCUCCAUGCUGCUGAUGUCACUCAAUCCACGCAUGUCCUCCUCUCUACACCCGCCUUGGAUGCUGUCUUCACUGACCUGGAGAUUUUGGCUGCAAUCUUCGCUGCUGCCAUUCAUGAUGUGGACCAUCCUGGUGUCUCCAACCAAUUUCUGAUCAACACCAAUUCAGAGCUAGCAUUGAUGUAUAAUGAUGAGUCUGUUCUGGAGAACCAUCACCUAGCUGUGGGUUUCAAGCUGCUGCAGGAAGAGAACUGUGACAUCUUCCAGAACCUGAGCAAGCGACAGCGGCAGACCUUGCGCAAGAUGGUCAUUGACAUGGUCUUGGCCACAGACAUGUCCAAACACAUGAGUCUCUUGGCUGAUCUGAAGACAAUGGUGGAGACCAAAAAAGUGACCAGUUCAGGGGUGCUUUUGCUGGACAAUUACACUGACAGAAUACAGGUCCUACGGAACAUGGUUCACUGUGCAGAUUUGAGCAACCCCACAAAGCCUCUGGAGUUGUAUCGGCAGUGGACAGACCGGAUCAUGGAGGAGUUCUUCAGGCAGGGUGACAAAGAACGGGAGCGAGGCAUGGAGAUCAGCCCUAUGUGUGACAAGCACACAGCCUCUGUGGAGAAGUCACAGGUGGGAUUCAUUGACUAUAUUGUGCACCCAUUGUGGGAGACAUGGGCCGACCUUGUCCAUCCUGACGCACAGGACAUUUUGGACACUCUUGAGGACAACAGGGACUGGUACCACAGCAUGAUCCCCCAAAGUCCCUCCCCACCUCCAGACGAUGCCGAGAAGGAUGAGGAGUCCUGUCUAGAGAAAUUCCAGUUUGAAUUGACCCUGGAGGAGGAAGGGGAGGACUCAGAACCAUCCGAGAAGGACCGCAGCAGUCCUGGAGACGAGGACAACAGCUACUACACAGCCACAGAAGAACAACACGAGUCCCAGGAUGGGCAGGACAGACGAACGGACAGUACAGCAGUUGGCACAUCCCUUGGCGCAUCAUGACUGUGGGAAGGGACAAGUGAAGAAAGCAAGCUCACCUACAGACACACACACACCGAAGUUUUCAUGAGGGAGGGGUGGGGAUAAAAAAAAAUGGAAAAAAAACUCAUUUUUUAUUUUUAUUGUAUUUUUUAUAAAAUGAAAACUAAGAAAAAAAGGGGGGAUGGGGAAUACACACAACAACUGUAGAACCAGGUUGGCCCCAGCAGAGGGUAGUAGCCUGCUGCUGUAGUGACUGGCCCAAGCACUCCAGAAAUAUUUUUUCAUUUUUUCCCCCACUUCCCUUCAUUAUUUCUGACUGGUUGUUUUUAAUUACUUCAUUUUGCUAACUUUUUUAGACUUCUGCAACCAGGAAAGGGAAGAGGGCACUGAUGAUGUGAGGCAUGUAUGUAGCAGCUGAGAGGCAAAAGCCAAUAGAAUUAUUUUUAAAACAGUGAUUUUGCCUAUUUGUAGUAAAAAUAGAUGAAAGUGCAGGAGCUUGACAACAAAAGCUGGUAACCAUUUGACAUAGAUACACACAGAGAGAGGUUCCCAUAGGUCAGUGUUUUCCAACCGCAGCAACUUUUACAAUGUUUGGAUUUCAACUCCUAAAGCUCCCUACCCAGCCCUCCUGGCUGGGACGAUUCUGGGAAUUAAAAUCCACACAAAUGUGCUGAGGUUGAGAAACCCUGCUGUAAUUCCUUUGUUCCAGAUAUGUCCUCCCCAUUUAGCUCAUGUAUUUGUGCCUUUAUUUCAUUGGAGCUCUUCAGAGGGUGUCAGAAUCUUAACUCCUCUCCUCCAGUGUCCCUUUAGAAUAGCUGGAGGUUAGAGUCCAGCGCCACCUGGAGGUCUAUAUAUUUUUUUCAGUUCCCAGGUGGACCUUCAAACAUUGGAGAAGGGUGAGAGGAAAAGUAUUGUUUUUAUUUUUGUAAGUUAUUUUUUAAGCUAGUGGUUAUUUAUUUUUGUGAAUUUACAUAGAUUUGAUUUUUAUUAUGAACUGAUGAGAAAGUUUGCCUUUGAGGAUUUUGUUGCUGUUGCUAUUGUUCAGGUUUUUUUUUCUCCCUUCUUGGAGCAGUUCUUUCUGUUUUCUAUUUAAUGUAUAGUUUGCAGGUGUGGAUUUUUAAUUUUUUUGCCUACAAUGCCAUAGACUUCUCUCAGAGCAAAUGGGAGAAGAUACUAUUUUACAGAAAAUGAAACUAUAAAAAGGGAACAAGAAUCAAAAACAUUCUAUCCAAGUUUUUGAAUAGCUGAGUCUUCCUCCGUUCCUCAUUUUGCACAAAAAUAAAAAGGCAAUAUGGCCAGGAUCAAAUAUUUAUGCUGGCCAACUUGCUUAGACAGCUCUCAGCUGGGGAUCUCAGGUGUGAGUAUUCCUUCCUCCAGGUUGGGGAUGGAAUCAGCAGAUAAGAGGACUGGAGAUAGGGGUGGUGUACGCUGAGUGAUGUUUGUAUUAUCAAUGAUUUGCAAUUUUAUCUUCUUUAUCUGUAUCUGGAUGCUGGUUGAUGAAUCCGACAUGACAGUGCUCACAGGUUUCUCAGCUACAAAAAGUAGGUGUAUAGAAAGGAUCUUCCCAUUUCCCCCAGAAGAAUAGAAAAUUAGCAGCCUUUCCUAAUGAUCUUUAUUUUUGUGUGAUGUGGUGUUAUCAACAAGGCCGGAACACAAACAUUGAUUUAUAGAGUUGAAACUGGAAUAGGAGAGAUGAGUUUGGUUUUAAUCCAUAAUUUCAGAAGAAAGAGCCUGUAACAUCCUUGGUUCCAGAGAUGAGGCUCUGUCUCAGACACCCUCGGCUACAUAGUAAUGGAUGGAGUGAGAUGGAGCCCAUCUGUUUUAUUGGCUCAGAAAGCCGUAUCACUUAGCUAUAAAGUAAGGAGCAAGUUGCUUAGAUCAGAUUUGAGACUCCAUUCUAGGAGUUCAGGAUAAUCAAAUGAAAAAGUCUCCUGCCUUGAAAUCAGGUUUAGAGACAAUUCUGCCAACAGUAGUUAGCCAAAGGGAAUCUGAUGACAGAUUUCCUUGUUCCUGUAGAGGCUGUGAAAGUAAUCUGAGUCUUGCUCCACAUGUUACCACGUCAGAUCCCUCUUUCCUCCAUCCUGGAGGGGUCUGUAAUGGCGGUUCUUCCCAGAAAAACAGAGCCUGUAUUGGCAUGACAGAAAAUAAAACUAGGCCCCUCUAUGAACCUGCUCUUGAUUAUCAUCUCCCAGGAGAAAUCUGUUUGGCUGCUUAUUUUCUUUGCCUUAACUAGCGAAACUGAUUUGCUAAAUGCAGCAUCCUUGCAUCUUGGCAUUGAAGGGAGAGCAUUUUCCCAUUCCCCCAAUGCUUACAUCACAUCAAAUAUUUGUUGGUACGCCACUAGUCUUUCACUGGACAAGGGAUGCUGCAGGAUCCAACCUUCAAAGUUGCAGGACCAUGAUCCUCUUGGCAUUGUUUCUCUGCCUCUGUGGACUAGUCUUGGGCUGGUUGAUGUGUGGGCAUAUUCCCCACCCCUUUGCUAAACAGCCAUGCCUCCUGCUGUUUACUAGUAGGAAGACAGCUGUAGUUUUGGAUUUGUUGAGUUUCUUGAUGGCAGAGCCAUUGAGUGUGUAGCCUAGUUCAGCUUCUCUUCCAGAUUCCUGAGGGAGAAGAUACACUGCCCCUCCCCCUUUGUCCCUCUUAUAUGGCUACCCAGCAUCAGUGCACAACUCCCAUAAUCUCCCCCCACACACACACACCUUGUGAGAGGUGAGGGUGAAGCAAUAACAACUAAGCCCUUUUCCUGCCCCCAUCGCUACAACUGAACUGUUGAACCAAAGCCAAAUCUCCUCUUUUGCAAAGGUCUCAUUCCACACAUGGAUGCCACCCACUUUGCAUUGGCUGCUCCUUGGCCAGCUCUCUUAGCAUGCAAGCUUAGCCGAGUGAAUGUUUCAGGCGUAGGUCAGCCCAAGCUUGGAAGAGGAAGUUGUGGGAUAGGUGCUGGGGCUGCUGCUUGGGUAGACCAGAGGGCUGGCCUGAGACCAUGACACCUUUGGUUAGCCACAUCAUACCCUUGGAGAAGACCAGCUGCACAGAGAGCCUUGGCAAGGUUGCUGUCCCUUGGUGGCCCGCCUGCUAAGAGCUGCCAUCCCUGCAUUGCCAGCCUUUGCAAGGAGGCCAGUGUAGGGCAUCUCCUUUCCAACCCAAGGGAAAAAACAUGGCCAUUUCUGAACACAGUACUGUAGCUAUUUUCUUUGUAUUUUUACUUUUCUUUCUUGAAGCCUCAAUUGUAAGGGAUAAAUAAGAAAGAGAAUCUCUUUC